CCCCUGGCCGCGUUCGCCAUGGCGGAGAACUGGAAGAACUGCUUCGAGGAGGAGCUCAUCUGCCCCAUCUGCUUGCACGUCUUCGUGGAGCCCGUGCAGCUGCCCUGCAAGCACAACUUCUGCCGGGGCUGCAUCGGCGAGGCGUGGGCCAAGGACAGCGGCCUCGUGCGCUGCCCGGAGUGCAACCAGGCCUACAACCAGAAGCCCGGGCUGGAGAAGAACCUGAAGCUCACCAACAUCGUGGAGAAGUUCAACGCGCUGCACGUGGAGAAGCCCCCGGCGGCGCUGCACUGCGUAUUCUGCCGCCGCGGGCCCCCGCUGCCCGCGCAGAAGGUCUGCCUGCGCUGCGAGGCGCCCUGCUGCCAGUCCCACGUGCAGACGCACCUGCAGCAGCCCUCUACCGCCCGCGGGCACCUCCUGGUGGAGGCGGACGACGUGCGGGCCUGGAGCUGCCCGCAGCACAACGCCUACCGCCUCUACCACUGCGAGGCCGAGCAGGUGGCCGUGUGCCAGUACUGCUGCUACUACAGCGGCGCGCAUCAGGGACACUCGGUCUGCGACGUGGAGAUCCGCAGGAACGAGAUCCGGAAGGUGCUCAUGAAGCAGCAGGACCGGCUGGAGGAGCGGGCACAGGACAUCGAGGACCAGCUCUACAAGCUUGAGUCUGACAAGCGCCUGGUGGAGGAGAAGGUGAGUCAGCUGAAGGAGGAGGUGCGGCUGCAGUACGAGAAGCUGCACCAGCUGUUGGAUGAGGAUCUGCGGCAGACGGUGGAGGCGCUGGACAAGGCCCAGGCCAAGUUCUGCAGCGAGAAUGCGGCGCAAGCGCUGCAGCUUGGCGAGCACAUGCAGGAGGCCAAGAAGCUGCUCGGCUCCUUGCAGCUGCUCUUUGAUAAGACGGAGGAUGUGAGCUUCAUGAAGAACACCAAGUCCGUGAAGAUCCUGAUGGACAGGACCCAGACCUGCGCGGGCAGCAGCCUGUCUCCCCCUAAGAUUGGCCACCUGAACUCCAAGCUUUUUCUCAAUGAGGUAGCUAAGAAGGAGAAACAGCUGCGGAAGAUGCUGGAAGGCCCCUUCAGCACCCCAGUGCCCUUCCUGCAGAGCGUUCCCCUGUACCCCUGCGGUGCCAGCAGCUCUGGGGCGGAGAAGCGCAAGCAUUCGACGGCCUUCCCCGAGGCCAGUUUCCUAGAGACGUCUUCGGGCUCUGUGGGCAGCCAGUACGGGGCAGCAGGCACAGCCAGCGGUGAAGGCCCGGCCGGGCAGCCCCUGGGGCCCUGCAGCUCCACGCAGCACUUGGUGGCCCUGCCAGGUGGCGCGCAGCCGGUGCACUCCAGCCCCGUGUUCCCCCCAUCGCAGUACCCCAACGGCUCUGCCGCCCAGCAGCCCAUGCUCCCGCAGUAUGGCGGCCGCAAGAUUCUCGUCUGCUCUGUGGACAACUGUUACUGUUCUUCCGUGGCCAACCAUGGCGGCCACCAGCCCUACCAACGCUCCGGCCAUUUCCCCUGGACCGUGCCCUCACAGGAGUACUCCCAUCCGCUGCCACCCGCACCCUCCGUGCCCCAGUCCCUCCCUGGCCUGGCUGUCAGAGACUGGCUCGACGCUUCCCAGCAGCCUGGACACCAGGAUUUCUACAGGGUGUAUGGGCAGCCGUCCACCAAACACUAUGUGGCCAGCUAACGCCACACCAUGGGCAGCGGACACUGGGGACCCUCCCCUGCCCCAGUGGCUUGGGAAUGGCGUGUUGAGACCUGCCCUCCCACCCCUUCUUCACUCCACUCCCCCAGAGCUUUUCCUUCUGGAUUUUGUUUGGGCCUUUGUUUUUGACUUUUUUUAAAUCAUGAAUCUCCUGAACACGGAAGUGGCAGUGGGAGCUGACCUGGGCCAGGGCCACAGGUGGCCCUAGAUUUGGGAAAUGUCCAGCUGACAGUGCCACGCUCUCCUGCUGUCUCCCCUUUCCUGCCCCCCCCAGACACACCCCUGGGGCUGGAAGGAACCUCAGUUUGCCCUAAAGCCCCAGGCACCCGCCCUCUUCACCUGCCUGGAGCAAGGUCUGAUGCCCACUGGCCUGCUUCUCCUGCCUGUUUUUCUUUUGGGCAGUUUGAUCACUGAUUGAGUAAGGGAUGACCUAUAGAUUGUGGGAGUUUUGGUUCUGUUUUUUAAAAAUUUUUUUAAAGCCAAGAAUGAUUUCUCUUUUUCCUCACCAUCUUCCCAGACAGAAGUCAAAGGCUACUUCUCAAGCACCUUUCGGCACCUUCAGCCGCAAAGUGGAAUCUACAGAUGGGAGCCUCAUGUCCAGGAAAGGGGAAAAGGGACUUUGCCAAUGAUAGCGACCACAGCAAAAGCAAAUAAUAAUAUUAAUAAUAAUAAAGAGAAAUAAAUAAUAAAAUAAAAA